AUGUCAAAACAAAGUGUCACCAUUCAAUUAAUUGAUAUUUCGGAAUUUGAUUCGAAUAAUCAUUAUUUUUCACUCUUGAAAAGAAAAUUCACAAAUCAACAAAAAGGGAAAAUAUUAUGGUUGAAAAGAAGAGAUGACAUACCUCCAGAAAUGAAAGGUUUCCUUCCGAUUGAAUUUGCAAAGGAAGUUUCGAUUGCCACUCGAUUUUUACAUGACAAUCUCCCAACUUACAAGUGUAGUAAAACCUUGCUUGAUUUACAUGCACAAUUGGCAAAAGAAGUUGGAUUUGAAACUAAUAUAUUCGAAUAUAUUAUUGCAAAUGAACAAGUUAUUAGAAAUAUGAUCAUUUUGAGAGGAAGAGAAUUUUUGAAAAACAUACCAAUGAAAUGUGCGGACAUUGAUAGAAUUGCAGAUUCAGGAAAAUUAGAAUUCACAAGAAAUGAUGUCCAUUUAUUUAAUUUAUUGCUCGACUCGCAAGGAAGUCAGUCGUUUCUUUAUUUGGAUGAUGAUUUGAAGAAAGAUGUGAAAAUACUACGGAAAAUAUUCGAACGCUACAAGUUUUGUUGUUUGGAUCAUUUCAAUGAAGAAUUUCGAACAAAUAGAGACAUUGUUAAGGAGGCAAUGGUUUACCAACCACUUCUCUAUCGAUAUAUAGAUGAAAAAUUGAAAUUUGACAGAGAAAUUGUUAAAUUGGCACUUGAAAGGGAUGGAUCUAUAUUGAAAUUUGUUCCUCCAAAGACUAAAUUUCAUUCAGAUAUUGAACUUGCCUCCAUAGCAAUUCGAAACAAUCAUUUAGCAUUUGAAUUCGUCUCACCAAAGGUGAAGGAUCGAUUGGAAUCGAAUUAUCAAAUUAGUUUGGAUUUAUAUCAAUUGAAAUAUUGGAAUACAAAAGAGAAAGUUUUAGAAAUUUGGGAAAAUUCACAAUUUAAACUAGAAAAGGAAAUUGCCUUGGCGGGAAUUAAGCAAAACUGUGAAAUUUAUUUCCAACUCCCUCAAGAUUUGCAACAAGAUUCAAACAUAAUUCUCAAAUACAUUGUUUCAAGUGGAAAGAUACUCAACGAUAGUUUGAAUGAUUGGAUAGUUUUAGAACUUGCUAAGAAUCAUGAUACUAGUUUAUUUAUGUUACUACCAGACAAGUAUAGAAAUGAUUUUCAUUACAAUGAAAUAUUAAUCAAAAGAAAUGCACGUUUUUUAAGAUUUCUAACUACUGAAAUGAAAAACAAUUAUUUACUUGUCAUGCAAGCUGUCAAAAAUGAUGGAAGUACCUUAGAAUAUGCUUCUGAGGAAUUGAGAAAUGAUUUGGAAAUAUGCAAACAAGCAAUUUACAAUAAUGGAGCUGCAUUUAAACAUGUUGGGCCAUUACAGGAACAUAAUUAUGAUUUACUCUUGCUUUCGUUUAUUUCUAAUAACCAAAACUCUGUACAAAAUUUGAAACAGGCAGAAUAUGAUCCAGAAAUAAUUAAACUGGUUUAUCAAUUUGAUCCAACAGUUACUGGAAAAAAGAAUUCCAAAUUUACAAAGGAGGAAUGGAUUGAAUUUACUAUUCGAAAGGGAUAUUGUAUUACAUUUAGUGAGGAAUUAUUCAAUGCUCGAUUGGAUUUUGAAUAUUUUGGCGCCAAAAUUUAUUAA